AUUUAACUAGUCCAGUGCUGGUUUCCAAGGGGUUUCUGAAGUGUCUCUUGGUUCUGGGAUGAGGGUGAGGUUCCUAGGGGGAUGGCCUAGGGCAUAGAAGGCCCAGGCCAAAUCUGUGGGCCUGGCAUAGCUCGCUGCCACUCCUUCCUGUCAGUGUCCUGGCAUCACCCCACUUUUCUGGUGCAAACUCCUAAGCCCUCCUCUUUCCCUAUUCUGCCUCCCUUCCAGAAUCCACGCUUCCCGCCCCCAGCUAGAGCCCAUCCCACUCUGCUCUCUGGCUUCAAAAGCUUCGGCCUUCACCCCAGAGUCUGCCCUCAAGGGUGUCCCCUUUGGUCUGGCAGCUCACUUUAAACGGCACGGGGACUACAUCUCCCAGCGGCCCCGGGCCUUCCUGACGCAGCCCCCACUUUCAGCCCUCGGGGAGGUGCGGGCCGGGCGGGGGGAGGUGACUUGAUGUCAUCCUGAGCUGCUGGGCGGCGGGUGCCGGUGCGCACGGAGCCGAGCCGGGGCUCCCGCUGCGCUGCACCGCGCUGGGUCGGAGUCCCAGGACUUCAGCGGAGAUCCGCGCGCUGCGAAGGCCGGUGCAGAGCCCGCCGAGCGCCCGGUCCCGGCCCGGGGCUGAGUUGGGGGCAUGCUCCAGCCCCCCCGGAGCCCGGGAGAGAACCCAGGAGCGCCGCCGCCCAGCCCCAGCGCCCCGAGCGGAACCGCUACGAAGGGGCCCUGAACGGCCGUCGCCCUCCCCACGGGCAGCCCCCGUGGGUUGGCGACCGAAGUCUGGGUUUCCGAGAAAGCCAGGGUGGGAACCCUAACUGGACUCUUCAGGACCCCUAGGAACGAUCUGAGGCCUGAGCCAUCCUCCUUUCUACCCUGCCUGCCCCCCAGGACUGGGCAGUUGCCGGAGGCCCGGGGGGGGGGCCCAGGACUGGGGUUGGCCCCCCCCCCCCACGACUGGACAGGAUGGGACCAAGUUAGUCUGUCCAGUCUCACCCAGCACCUCCCAGGCCCUGAGAGAACCCCCAGGGCUCUGAAAGCUUGACCUGCCGCCUGACCGCCAUGGAGACGAAGCUGCCCCCUGCAAGCACCCCCACCAGCCCCUCCUCCCCCGGACUGUCGCCUGUGCCCCCACCCGACAAGGUGGAUGGCUUCUCCCGCCGUUCCCUCCGCCGAGCCCGGCCCCGGCGCUCCCACAGCUCCUCUCAGUUCCGCUAUCAGAGCAACCAGCAGGAGCUCACACCGCUGCCCCUGCUCAAAGAUGUGCCGGCUUCUGAGCUGCACGAGCUGCUGAGCCGGAAGCUGGCCCAGUGUGGGGUGAUGUUUGACUUCUUGGACUGUGUGGCUGACCUCAAGGGGAAGGAGGUGAAGCGGGCGGCCCUCAACGAGCUGGUGGAGUGUGUGGGGAGUACCCGGGGUGUCCUCAUCGAGCCCGUCUACCCAGACAUCAUCCGCAUGAUCUCAGUGAAUAUCUUCCGGACUCUGCCGCCCAGUGAGAACCCUGAAUUUGACCCUGAAGAGGAUGAGCCCAACCUUGAGCCUUCGUGGCCACACCUGCAGCUGGUAUAUGAGUUUUUCCUGCGUUUCUUGGAGAGCCCAGACUUCCAGCCCUCCGUGGCCAAGAGAUACGUGGAUCAAAAGUUUGUCCUGAUGCUCCUGGAGCUAUUUGAUAGUGAGGACCCCCGGGAGCGUGAGUACCUCAAGACCAUCCUGCACCGGGUCUACGGCAAGUUCCUGGGUCUCCGGGCCUACAUCCGCAAACAGUGCAACCACAUCUUCCUCCGGUGAGUGGCUGCUGCCUGCCCAGCAGAGACCUGGAGAGGGCAAGAGGGCUGUUAGAAGACUGCGGCAAAGGCCGUGUGUGGUGGCUCAUGCCUGUAAUGCCAGUGCUUUGGGAGGCCAAGGUGGGCGGAUCACCUAAGGU